UAAAAACAAAGACACGAAGAAGAAUUGCGAUGAAAUUGAGUCGUAGUUGUUUGAUGAAGAAUAAUUGAUCUUCGUCAAUUAUUACAAUUGAUUUUCAGCAAAGAAAGUAAACGUUGUUAUUCGAAUUAUCCAAUAUUCAUAAUGGAGGGUAUUGGAAGAAAACAAUUCGAUGCUAUUGAUAUUGUAGUUUUUACGGGUAUGCUGGGUAUUUCUGCCGUAGUGGGAAUUUAUCAAGCAUAUAAAUCAAGAAAAAAUCCAAAUGCUGUGAAGGAAUAUCUCGUGGGUGGACAGAAUAUGUCAAUUUUCCCUAUAAGUAUGUCACUUAUAGCCAGUUAUAUAUCAGGCAUCGCGAUACUAGGGCUUCCGGCUGAAAUGUACGUCUAUGGAACUCAAUUUUGGUGUGUAAUCAUUGCCGAUUGCUUUGUGUCGUUAACGAUGGCCAUCGUAUAUCUGCCAGUGUUCUAUGGUCUACAAAUUACAUCUUCGUACGAAUAUUUGGAGUUGCGUUUUAAUCACGUAGUGAGACUGAUAGGAUCAACUAUUUUUCUAAUAAAAAUGUUACUUUACAUACCCUUGGUAAUAUAUGUUCCGGCGCUAGCAUUUAAUCAAGUGACUGGUAUCAACUUACACAUGAUAGCCUCAAUAGUGUGCGCCGUAUGCAUCUUUUAUACGACUUUAGGAGGCUUGAAAGCGGUUGUGUGGACAGAUGCUAUUCAAACAAUCGUGAUGUUUGGCGGCGUGAUAGCCGUUGCCGUACUGGGAACAUUGAAAGUCGGCAGUGUCUCCGAAGUCUGGAAGCGGAACGUCGACAGCGGCAGAAUCGAAUUCUUUAAUAUGGACACAAAUCCAACGGUCAGAAAUACAUUUUGGUCAGUUGUCGUAGGAAAUUAUUUAAACUGGCUGGCAACGUGUUCGGUAAAUCAAGCAAUGGUCCAGCGGUGUCUUGCCAUGCCCAAUCUCAAAAAAUCUAACAUUACAAUAAUGAUAAUGGCUGUCGGUAUAGUAACGAUAGUUUCGCUAAGCUGUUACACAGGAAUUGUCAUUUAUGCUGCCUUUUACGAUUGCGAUCCCAUUUCAACAAAGCAAAUACGCAAAUCGGAUCAACUCUUACCAUAUUUUGUUAUGGAAAUGGCUCAGUCGAUUCCGGGAUUACCAGGUCUUUUUGUUUCUGGAGUAUUUAGCGCGGCAUUGAGCACAAUGUCAACAGGAUUGAAUUCAAUGUCCGGAGUAAUUUACGAGGACAUGAUCAAACCGUGGCUAAAGAAACCAAUGACCGAAGUUGCAAUUAGUCGUAUCAUAAAACUUACCGUUGUAAUAAUUGGAGUUAUAUGCGUCGCUUUGGUAUUACUUGUGGAGAAACUCAGCGGUCUCAUUCAGGUGGGAAAAAGUUUGUCUGGUAUAACAGCUGGUCCACUUCUCGGAAUUUUCACUCUCGGAAUGUUUUUUCCAUUUGCAAAUUCUACGGUGCACUGGUGAGCUUAAAUCUUGUCGCGUGGAUAUCUUUCGGGACGCAAGCAGCUCUGGCCAGCGGCAAAAUACAAUUUCC